AGAUUUGUUCUGUAAGGAUUUAUAUCUAGGUAGCCCACCCAUAGCUUGUCUAAAUUAUGCCGCACCGUUUUAUCGCUCUGGGGGCCAAAGGUUGAAAAAAAAAAGUGCCCAUAGCAUAGUUCGUGUGUACAUAUACAUAUUCUCCCAAGAAGACCUCCUAACCUCUCAAUAUCUACCACCAAAUGCGCUUCGUCACCGAUGACCUCGUGGUCGACCGAACCAGCUCUGUUCAAAUACAAGUUAUCGGCGCAGGUCUCCCCCGCUGUGCAACCUCCUCUUUACAAGCAGCCCUGGAAUCCAACUACAUCAACCUCGACCCGUGCAUGCAUAUGGCCCAUGUCUCACCACACGCCGAUCGUGGAACGCUCCUUCUAACGGCACUCCGAGAACCUAAUGCCGCCACACGUCACAAGCUCCUACAUGGCAUCUUCGAUGGAUUCCAAGCGACAACCGAUUUCCCGGGCUGUAUGUUCGCCGACGACCUGAUGGACAUGUACCCCGAGGCCAAGAUUGUGCUGAACAAGCGGCCUGGCGGAGCCCAGAAGUGGGUGCAAUCGAUCAAGAUGCUUUUCUGGGCCGGUUCGCCGGUCUACCGUGUUCUAGGGUACUUAUGGAAGGUAGACCGGAAUUUAUACAGCGUGUGGCGUACAUUUAUGCAGCGCAGCAUGGUGUCUUUCGGGCUUACGGCCGAUGAGCUUUUCACGGCGAAACAUUACGACGCGCACAACGAGUGGGUUUGCGCCGAGGCGGCGAAGCGUGGACGGGAAGUGCUGGAGUUUGAGCCGCGUGAUGGGUGGGCGUCUUUGUGUAAAUUCCUUGGUAAGGAGGCUCCUGGUGAUGAUGAUGAUGAACCAUUUCCGCAUCGCAAUGAUGCCUCUGAGAUCCGCAUGGUCCAGAUCGUGCUGUACGCUAGGGGCGGGCUGUCAUGGGUGGCUCUGGCUGGGGUGGUGUAUGGCAUAGCGAGAUUGGCCGGGGGAGGAAGGAUGUUUUAAUUGGCAUCAUUUAAUGAUGAAAGGUCUCAGUGGUUAUUUCCCAUGUUAUUUAGGGGUCAAAUUGUAAAAGUUGUAUAGUUAUGUUAUAUAAAAGUGGAGCGAAAUUGGUGAAAAUGGCAUUUCCAGCAGGC